AUGUAUCGGUUUACCAAUAUCUACGUCCUGGCGGCCUUCGGGACGAUAGGAGGCGCCUUAUUCGGUUUUGAUAUCAGUUCCAUGUCAGCCUGGAUCGCCGCCGACCAGUAUCUCGAGUACUUCGACAGUCCCAAUUCCAAUCUGCAAGGUGGCAUCACAGCCUCGAUGUCAGCAGGAUCAUUUGCUGGAUCCCUUGCAGCAGGUUUUGUGUCCGACCACCUCGGGCGCCGCUAUGCUCUUAUGAUAGCGUCGGUGAUCUGGAUCAUUGGCGCCUCAGUCCAGUGCUCUGCUCAAAAUGUGGCACAUCUUAUCGCAGGCCGAGUCAUAAGCGGCUUGUCCAUUGGCAUAACGUCCUCACAAUGCUGUGUCUAUCUUGCAGAGCUUGCUCCAGCAAAGAUUCGCGGACGCGUGGUCGGCAUUCAACAAUGGUCCAUCGAAUGGGGCAUCUUGAUCAUGUACCUGAUCAGCUAUGGUUGUGUCCAAGGUAUCACCGGCCCAUCAGCUUUCCGUAUUGCUUGGGGCAUUCAGGCUGUGCCGGGCUUGGUUCUCGGGCUGGCUUUGAUGUGUUUUCCGGAAUCGCCUCGUUGGCUCGCUAGUCAUGGUCGUUGGGAAGAAUGCCUUGAUGUGCUGGCGACACUUCAUGCCAAAGGUAACAGGGAGAGCGAGGCGGUCCGGCUUGAAUUUGAGGAGGUCAAGGAAGCUGCGAGAAUUGCGAAUGAGUCAAAAGAUGUUUCCUUUCUGGCUUUGUUCGGGCCCAAGGUCUGGAAGCGCACGGUUGCUGGCGUUAGCGUACAGAUGUGGCAGCAAUUGUUAGGCGGUAACAUUGCAAUGUACUAUGUCGUCUACAUCUUUGAGAUGGCUGGCAUGUCUGGCAACACAACGCUCUACAGUUCGGCGAUACAGUACGUCAUCUUUCUCGUCACAACUGGCUCGAUCCUCCCGUACAUUGACCGCAUUGGUCGUCGCACGCUGCUCUUGCUUGGCGCUGUGUCCUGCAUGGCCAUUCACUUCGCAAUUGCUGCCGUGAUGGCAACGCAAGGCAGCUAUGUCAACGAGAUCUCUGGCGCUCCAGGCAAGGCUGUCAUCGCCUUGUCGUAUAUCUUCGUCGGAAUAUAUGGUUGGACGUGGGCGCCAGUUGCGUGGAUCUAUUGUUCGGAGGUGUUUCCCUUGAAGUAUCGCGCCAAAGGAGUGGGCCUGUCGGCAAGCACCAAUUGGAUCUUCAACUUCGCGCUUGCUUAUUUCGUUGCGCCUGCCUUCACGAACAUUCAAUGGCGAACAUACAUCAUCUUCGGAGUUUUUUGCGCCGCAAUGACGGUGCACGUAUUCUUCACCUACCCAGAGACCGCCGGAAAGAGCUUGGAAGAGAUUGACUGGCUGUUUGAGGGAGAAGGCAGGGUCAAGCCGUGGAGGAGCGGCAGCGUGGGCGGCUUCAGAGAGAAGGUCCAAGAGAGGGAGCGCCGAAGGAGUGAGGGUGUGAUGGGGGCAAGGGACGAGGACGAGAAGACGCUACAGGGAGAUGUAUUUGGAGUUAAUUACGAGGAAGGUAAAGUUGGCGUGUGA